AUGUGUUAUUAUCCUUUUUUCCGUGCAGAUUUACCAGAUGAUGAUUAUACAACGUUAGUACCACCAGUAAAAAAAAUAAAUAAUACUGAACGCAAAUUACCACAAAUACCAAUAAUUAUUGAACAUAAAGAAAAGGAUGUAUCAGCAAAAAAGGUAAAAAAAUUAAAUUCAAAAACUAAUGAUCGACAAAAAAUAACAAUAACUCGAGUAUCAACACGAGAACCAAGUGUUGAUCAUGAUUCAAUUGGAUAUGUACAAUCAGCUCCAUCAUCACCUGCUCUAUUACAUAGCUUUAGAAAAAGACCAAAUCAUAAUCAUAGUCUUACGGAUCAAUUUAAUGUUGAUACAAAAUCUAUAUCAAGUGAUAAUGGUCCAACAUUGACAAAUGCUCCAAGUAGUACUUUUUCAUCGGGUACACUUGAAAUUCGAUUAAAAUUUGAUGCUAAAAAUAGCAAAAUGUGGGUAUUUAUUAUAAAAGCAACAUUAGAAAUGGAUCAACGUGUAUUAAAACAAGCACUUGUUCAAAUACAUCUAACUAUGUUGCCUCAUAAACGUAUUCGUUUUCGUACACAAGCUAAACCUGCUGAUAAUGCUAUGUUUGCUGAAGAAUUUUUCUGUAAAGUAUCACCAGAAUCAAUUCAAACGCAAGGUAUUCGUUUUCGAUUAUAUCUAAAUAAACGAUUUAAACGUGAAAAACUUGUUGCUGAAGCAACAGUUAUGUUUGGUUUAAUUAAUCUUGAUGAGGAUAUGUGUAAAAUUAUUGCAUUAGAACCAGUAUAUUCAUCUGACGAUUCAGAUUUAGCUAGUAAUCAUUCACGUACAAGUAGUAAUCCACAAUCAAGAAAGGAUUCAAUAACUCCAAGUGGAGAAAUUACUAGUAUUCCUUUACCAGAACUUGAAAUUGGUUUAGCUUAUGAUAAAAAUCAAUCGAUUCUUAUUUUUGAAAUAGGAAAAGGAAUUAAUUUUGGUAUGACAUUGCAAGAACAAGCUCCAGAUACAUAUGCUCAACUAACACUUCUAAAUUCAUCUGGAGAAGAAAUGGCAUCAAAUCGAACAGUUACUCGUCGUAAUCAACAUCAUCCUGUAUUUGCUGAACGUUAUCCAUUUAAUAUUGAAGAAAAUCUUCUUAAUCAAAUAACACUUGUUGUUACAAUUAUUAAUAAAAAAUCAAAAAGAAAAGAUGAUCGUAAUCUUGGUUGGAUAUCAUUUGGUCAUGGUGCCAGCGGUAACUCUCAAGUAGCUCAUUGGGAUUCAAUGCUCAAUGCACAAGGUGAAACUAUAACAAGAUGGCAUGCUUUAUUAGAAAGUUAA